AUGUCCCCAAAUCUUUGGACACGGAGGUCAACGAUGUCCCCAAAUCUCCACACAUUGGGGUCUCAAGACCCACAUCUCCAGCCAUGGAGCUCAGCGACGUCCCCUGAUGUCCCCAAAUCUUUGGACACGGAGGUCAACGAUGUCUCUCGAUGUCCCCAAAUCUUUGGAGACAGAGGUCAACGAUGUCCCCAAAUCUCCACACAUUGGGGUCUCAGGACCCACAUCUCCAGGCACGGAGCUCAGCGACGUCCCCUGAUGUCCCCAAAUCUUUGGACACGGAGGUCAACGAUGUCCCCAGAUGUCCACAUUUGGGGUCUCAAGACCCACAUCUCCAGCCACGGAGCUCAGCGACGUCCCCUGAUGUCCCCAAAUCUCUGGGCAUUGGGAUCUUGGGACCCCAAUCUCCAGGCACGGAGGUCAACGAUGUCCCCAGAUGUCCACAUUUGGGGUCUCAAGACCCACAUCUCCAGGCACGGAGGUCAGCGACGUCCCCUGAUGUCCCCAGAUCUUUGGACACGGAGGUCAACGAUGUCCCCAGAUGUCCACAUUUGGGGUCUCAAGACCCACAUCUCCAGCCAUGGAGCUCAGCGACGUCCCCUGAUGUCCCCAAAUCUCUGGGCAUUGGGAUCUUGGGACUCCAAUCUCCGGCCACGGAGGUCAGCAGUGUCCCCUGAUGUCCCCAAAUCUUUGGACACGGAUGUCAACGAUGUCCCCAGAUGUCCACAUUUGGGGUCUCAGGACCCACAUCUCCAGCCCCGGAGCUCAGCGACGCCCCCUGACGUCCCCAGAUCUCCAGACGUGGGGCUCUUGGGACCCAGAUCUCCACUCACAAACAUCAUCAGCGUCCCCCGACGUCCCCAAAAUCUCCGGCCAUCGGGACCCCAAACACCUCCAGUCACAAAGGCCGGCGACGUCCCUUGACGCCUUCGCCCCCCAUCCCUUCCAGUCCCCCCCCUUCGCGCUCCUCUUCCGCCCCAUGGCGCCUCGGGGGGGGGGGGGGGGGGC